GUCCCCCAGCCCAGGGGACCGGACUGGGUCGCCGGGGGUUUGGUUUGCUUUGCUUUGGUUCCGGCAGCUGUCAGACUGUCUCGUUUGGCCCGAGGGCUUGGCAGCCCUGGGGUGGGCUCGCCCGGGUACCUGGUUCCCUCCAGUACCAGCCUUCUGGAAACUAAUUGACUUCCUCGGUCUCCUAGCAACGAGGGACUGGCUACCGACCGGGGAGCUGCGGCGCAGUCCCAGUCGCUCAGGCGCUAGCCGGACCCGGACCCAAACGGGAGCCUGACCCAAACAAGAGCCGAAAACCAGAGCUUGCACGAAUAAGCAGGAAAUGGCGGAUGAGGCGUUGUUUUUGCUCCUCCAUAACGAGAUGGUGUCCGGAGUGUACAAGUCCGCGGAGCAGGGGGAGGUGGAAAAUGGACGCUGUAUUACUAAGCUGGAAAACAUGGGGUUUCGAGUGGGACAAGGAUUGAUAGAAAGGUUUACAAAAGAUACUGCAAGGUUCAAGGAUGAGUUAGAUAUCAUGAAGUUCAUUUGUAAAGAUUUCUGGACUACAGUAUUCAAGAAACAAAUUGACAAUCUAAGGACAAACCAUCAGGGCAUCUAUGUACUUCAGGACAACAAAUUUCGUCUGCUUACUCAGAUGUCUGCAGGAAAACAGUACUUAGAACAUGCAUCUAAGUAUUUAGCAUUUACAUGUGGCUUAAUCAGAGGCGGCUUAUCAAACUUGGGGAUAAAAAGUAUUGUAACAGCUGAAGUGUCUUCAAUGCCUGCUUGUAAAUUUCAGGUGAUGAUACAGAAGUUGUAGAACAUACUGAAAUGCAAGGCUUCAACUGUGUAUAAAGAGUUAAAUUAUUCCUGUAUAAAGUAUUUCAAGUGGCAGUGAUUUAAUUACAUUGUUGGACAUUGGUGUUGAUAUAAGCUAUUUGCUAACUUGUGUAAAGAAAGAUGUAUGCUUAAGCAGGAGUAAGGUUGUAUUUAUGUUUAACAUACGCCAAGUUAAAGCAGAUAGAGACAUUCAGAGGGAAAAAACCUGACUUCAAGGAAACACCAAGAUACAGGAUCCUUAUUUUAACCAUUUUUGUUUGCUUAGAGUGAUGUGUAUUUUAACAGAUUGAGAAGCAAAACUUGGGGUUUGAUAAAUGAGCAUAAAGAAAAGUAUGCACCAGUCAGAAUCAUUUGUGUAAGAAUGAACAAAUUUUGAUUUUUGUUUUAUGAACUUAUUAAAAAAGCAAAGAGCACACUAAAUUAGACUUUAUUUUGUUAUAACUUAUUUUUAUUAAGAAUUUUUCUGCCCCUGUCAUCAUAUGCAUUGUAUAUAUGAGAUAUCAUAUCUACCUAAAUUGUUCAAAAGAUAUAAUUUCACUUUAAUAGAAUUUAGUUUUAGAGGGAGCCAUUAAUGUAAUAAAAGUGAAAUAUAGAUUAAUUUAAAUGUGAAUUCAGUGACUCCAGGGCCAAAGAAUAUUAAGUAUUUUAGGAAGGAACUGUUAUAUUUAACUCCUGUUACAGUUUCAACUUUCAGGUUUUCUCUCCUCAUGUGGAAGUUCUGGUGAAUUUCUAACUUAUCUUUAUUCCCUUAUUUACUCUUCCCUAUGGGUAGAUUCAGUGUGUGGUGAAGAUCUACUUCCUACUUCACAGAGGGAUAUUUUUUGACUGUCCUCACUGAUGUUAUAAGGACUGGCUAACUCUCUGGGGUCUCUUUUAUAAGGACACUAAGCCCAUUCAAAAGGGCUUAGCCCUCACAGCCUGAUAAUCACUUCCCAAAGGCCCUGCCUUCUUAUAUUAUCACAUUGGCUGUCAGGAUUUGAACACAUAUAUCUUCAAGGACACAAAUAUUCAGUCCAUAGCAGAACCCGACAUGUGGUCAGCAAGGGGAAAGCAGAAUCCUACAGCCAGGGUUAUCUGGUGAAUUGUUUCCAAAUCCGACGAAAAUAGUUUUAGGAUGGGGGUUCAACUCAGGCAUCAGGCUGGGAUUGGCACAAAUUUUAGGGUUACAAAAGUUAAGAAACUAAACAGAACCUACAAUUUUUUUCAAAGUGUUCUUUGAAAAAUGAGUAUUAGGAUCAAAUACAUUUCGGAAAUCCAUGCUCUUUUGUAGAUUUUUAAUGCAUAUUAAUGGCAUGUUACAGGUUCUGGAGGAAAAAAACUUUAUUUAGUGUAGUAUUUGUGAUCACAGUACUGUUUUUUCAAGAAACACUAACAGCUCAAGUAAAUCAAAAUUUAGGGCAAUAUGGGGAACAUUUGUUUUUGUUGUUCCACUUAUUUAUGCAUUCAUUGGUUGAUUCUUGUAUGUGCCCUGACUGGGGAUAGUAGAAGUGAUAAUUUUAAUGUAAGUCAGCUUCUCAUGGGUUUAUUCUGCUAAGAGACACAGGUGAAAUACUCUUUUAAAAAUAUAAAAUGAAAUUUUAAUGAAAGUACUACCAAAAUUUAGUAAAUGUAUAGUAUCUUCCUGACCAAAACAAGUAAUGUAUUCUUUAUGUGAACAGAAAAGUAUAGGUGCAAUCUAUUUUAUCAAUGUCCUACAGACCUGAUUAAACUACCAUUUGGUAGCUGUUUUCAAAAUAAUACUUCUAAGUUCUGUAUUUAAAAUUUGUCAUUUCUCAACAAACUUUAGGCUUCCUACCUCUGUUAUCUCUUUAAUUUCUCAUUAAAAUCAGAAGAUAACUUUAAAUUGUGAAUGCCUCAAUAAAUCUUAUGGCUAUACUGAUA